CUUUGAAGUCGUGCUGUGUUCUGAAAACUGUUCAGAAUAUGGCUCACGUAUCAAGUCCUCCACGGUCCGCCCGGACAUCUCGUACCUACUCUGUCGGCGUGCCAGGCGCAAUUGAUCCAACAGACUUGCCCUUUCGUGAACUGAAUGACAAUGCCGUAUUCGAAGAAUACACGGAGGAAACCGCGGAUGGACAGAUCACUCGGCCUGUCCGAUCCAAUGUGACGGGGAAGAUCGAAGACUACGAGCUCAUUACUUUCAAGGUCGGGGAUCCAGAGAAUCCAAAGAAUUGGAGCAAAGCAUUCAAAUGGUACUGCACUAUGGUCGUUGCGUUUACCUGCUUCGUUGUGGCCUUUAACAGUAGUGUUAUCACCGCGGAUCUGUCUGCAGUCGGAGAGGAAUUUGGCGUUUCCGAAACGGUAACUCUUCUAACAAUCACGCUGUUCGUUAUUGGCUUCGGUGUCGGCCCUAUGAUUUUUGCCCCGUUAUCCGAAAUGGUCGGCCGGAAGCCUGUUUAUGUCGUGACGAUGUUUCUUGCUGUUAUUUUCUUAAUCCCAUGCGCCGUGGCUGAAAAUAUUGCCACCCUUCUUGUUUGUCGCGCUAUCGAUGGCAUUGCGUUCAGUGCUCCUAUGACCUUGGUCGGCGGUACACUCGCCGACAUGUGGCGUAAUGAAGAGAGAGGUGUUCCUAUGGCCGCUUUCAGCGCUGCACCGUUUAUUGGCCCUGCCAUUGGGCCUCUUGCUGGUGGGUUUUUGGGUGACGCCAAAGGGUGGAGAUGGCUCUAUUGGAUUCAGCUUAUCUUAUCUGGAGUCGUCCUCAUCCUCCUGAUAACAAUGCCUGAAACCUAUACACCAACGCUUCUUGCAAAGCGAGCUAAAAAGCUACGAAAAGAAACUGGAAAAUCAAUAUACGUCACGGAGCAGGACUUGGAUUCAAGGCCUAUGGGGGAAAAGCUGCGUAUCUUCCUUUUCCGACCAUUCCAGCUCCUGUUUAUGGAGUUGAUUGUUUUCCUGCUCUCGAUCUACAUGUCUAUUCUAUAUGGUCUGCUUUAUAUGUUUUUCGUGGCAUACCCAAUUGUCUAUGAAAUCGGGAAAGGAUAUUCGCCAGGUAUCACUGGCCUCAUGUUUAUUCCACUGGCCAUCGGUGUGCUGCUCAGUGCUGUUUGCGCACCCUUUGUCAACAAGCAUUACCUAAAAAUUUGCGCCAAAUACAAUGGAAAGCCACCUCCGGAAAUGCGCCUGAUCCCAAUGAUGGCCUCGUGUUGGUUUGUGCCCAUGGGGUUGUUUAUUUUUGCCUGGACAUCGUAUUCCGAGAUUCAUUGGAUUGGCCCAGCCAUGGGAGGAUUUCCCGUUGGUUUCGGGUUCAUCUUCUUGUAUAACUCUUGCAACAAUUAUUUGGUGGACACAUACCAACAUCAGGCAGCGUCGGCUCUCGCUGCGAAGACCUUUUUGCGCUCAAUGUGGGGAGCUUCUGUUGUGCUUUUUACCAACCAGAUGUAUAACCGUAUGGGCUACCAAUGGGCCAGCACUUUCUUGGCUUUCCUGGCGCUGGCGUGCUGCGCCAUUCCAUACGUCUUCUAUUUCAAAGGUGAAGCGAUCCGUCGUUACUCCAAGUUUGCAUAUGCCGGUGAUGAGGAGGAAUCCCCAGCGACAGAGAAGAGGUGAACUGUAACUUUCUUCUCAUUCUUCUCUCCCUCUCUCUUUUUUUCUUUUUUCUUUUUUCUUCUUUUUCCCCUGGCGAGACUGUCUUAAUCUCGAACCGAUGUCAAACGCUUGGCGUAAAAGUUCUUCGCCUUUUGAUACCUCAGAUGAUUCUUGGCGUUUUUUUUUAGCUGCAGCUUGCGAGCGAUCCGGCGUUUUUGUUCUGGAAGAAGACCCUCUCGCUUUGGAGAGGGGUGCAAAGGCGAUAAUUGAUAAUCAUGGUUGUAUAUAUAAGA